CCUUCGAUAUAGCUUCACUCGUGAUGUGUCCGUGAUAUGAUAUAGUAAGGAAAACUAUCAGUACCAUCACAAAAAACUACGACAGGAAGAGGACGUAAUCUGUGAUUCAUGCGUUUAUUUGAAAUAAUCUCCAUACAAACGUUCAGAUUUUACGGAAACUAUCGAUAGCGUGGAGCCAAAGGCGGCUUAUAACUGAGUGAAAACUUUAUGCUUGCAUGAGCACAAAGCAAAUGGCAGGUGGGCAUCCGAGUGAGAGCUUCAAGUCAGCCUUUGGAGUACUGGACCAAGGACACUGACUACAGAGCAGCAACCAAAUUUAUUGGUUAGAAAGUCAUUGACCUCUGCUCAAUUAACAAUCCAGUACUUCUUCAUGGCCACCGCUGUAGCACCUUCGUUUCAUUCGACAAAAGAGACAACCAAUUACGCCCGGUUAUGCAGGCUUCUGGUGGAUGUCGGAUCAGAUGUCCUGAGAGAGACUUUUGAAAAGAAGCGUCCCCCAGGAAACCUGGACACGGUCCUGUCAAGCCCUCCAGUUCAUGCCGUGCUCCUAUCACUGAAGAAGAAGAAACUGUUAAAUCCUCAACAAUGGGACAAACUGUAUCCUGUUCUCAGAUCCUCAGUUUCAUCGAAGAAUUUCGAUACCACUCUCCUAAUGGUUCUGUUGAGGAAUAUUUGUGGCCUUGUUCCUCCGUCUACCGGCUGGAAUACACUUCCUCCCGCAGCAGACACAACUCUUGAUGCAGAUAUCGUUCGUAUCAAAUACUACAGAAACACAGUUUAUGGUCAUGCCAGCGAGGCCUCAGUCGAUGGCGCAACAUUCAAUCAAUACUGGCAGGACAUCCAAGGUCCAUUGGUGAGAUUGGGAGGAGGAGGUUACCAAGCUGCCAUUGAUGAUUUAAAAACGGAAUGCAUGGACCCUGAUUUCGAAGAACACUACAAAGAGCUUCUAAGGCAAGUAGUGAUGGAUGAAGUCAGCAUCAAGGAACGACUAGAUGUAAUGAGAAAAGAGAUGGGUCAGAUCGGUAGAAGCCUGGAUGAAUUCAAGGAAGCAAUUGUCAAUCCCAUAAAGAAAGCAGGAGACAAAGCUGUAACGGAGUACUCCAUUGCGUUAAAAGAAUCAAUAAGAAGCCAAACCGAGUACCUCGCUCAGGUCUCACCAACCUUGCCCAACGCAAGAACAGAUCACAUAUUCACCAACCUUCUCAUGCAACAUGGAAGAAAACCUGUCGAAGAUCUUGAUUUGGAAAGAAAAGAAUGCUUCUACCUGCAUGGCCAAGCGAGAAGAAGAAAGUUAGUCGAAGAUCUUGAUUUGAAACGAGAGAAACGCGUUCGCCAGUAUGGUCAAAUGAGUGGUAAGCAAAUAAAACACUCUCAAGACAUAUUUCUCUCAACUGAUGGCAAACAUCCAGAAUCUGUUCUUGUCACUGGAAAGGCUGGCAUCGGUAAAACACUGUUUUGUCAAAAGCUGAUCAGAGAUUGGGCUGACAACAAAUUAUUUCAAUCUAAAGCAAACACCGAGGUACCUGACUUUAAGUUCGCAUACUUGCUCACGUUUCGUCAACUCAAUCUACUUGGGGACGACCCUGUUACCUUGAAGGAUAUCUUAAACCGAUCUUCAGUGCUAGAUGACCACUCAAAUAUCGACGACUCUUUAUUUGAGUACGUUGUUGAUCACCCUGAAGAAGUUUUGAUUGUCAUCGACGGGUAUGACGAGUGUUCACAACGAGAUUACAUCGCUAGUGAUUCACAUGAAAAGUACCCAAACAACGCCUUUGAGAAAAUACCAGUCGCAGCAGUGUGUGCCAAGCUAAUUAAAGGAAAAAUACUGAGAGGUUCAGUUGUAAUGAUCACGUCAAGACCCGAUGAAUCUGACGAAAUGAAAGACAAAGACAUUCAUUUUGACAGAUACGUUGAAAUCACAGGAUUUUCCGAGCCACAAGUAAAAGAGUACAUUGGAAAGUACUUCAAAAGCAACGAAGGAAUGAAAAAUACUGUACUAGGCCACAUUACAAAGAAUGUCAAUCUUGUCAGCUUUGCCCACAUUCCUGUUCUAUGUUUCCUGAUGUGUUCUUAUUUCGAAAAUAAACUGCAACAUUCAGAUAUCACAAAUCCACUUCCGGUGAAAACAAGUGACCUUUAUGAUGAAAUAAUCAAAGUGUUCGUGCAAAAGCACGAUAAAAACAAAAGACUAGCUCUCGAAGUGACUCUGGAUAAAUUAUCAAAGCUGGCAGCUCAACUUCUUGAAGAGAGAAGGUAUCUUUUCAUGAAAGAGGAUUUGAAAACUUUUAACUCGCAGGAGGUUGAAAGUCUGUGUGGAAGUGGUCUUCUUCAUUGCGGUCCUCCUUUCAGGAAGUCUUUUUCUGCAACGACGAAAUAUUUUUGUUUUACUCACUUGACCCUUCAAGAGUACUUAGCGGCUAGUUGGUUUGUAAAGGAGAGAAAAACUCCCCCCAAACAUGUGUCUCCAGAAGUAUUUCAAUUUAUGUCCGGUAUUUUGUCAAAGCAAAAAGACGCCGUAUUCAUGGAAAUGUUACUAGAGGAAAUUUCCCGUUUAAGAGGAAUUUCUGUCUGUAGAUAUCGGCUUCUAAAGUUUAAAUGCCUCAUGGACUACGAAGACGUGGAGUUUGUUAAAAGAAUAGUAAAGAAACGUCGCCAUGACUUAUUUGAACAGGAAGGUAGUAUGUUAUUUUGUUAUAGCGAACUGACAGAUGUGGACUGCACCACUUUGUCUUUUCUGUUUCAUGUUUUUGGUGCACUCAAUGCAGAGGAAGAAUCUGAAGUGAGUGAAGGAACAUCUAAAAUGGGAGCAAAAUGGACACUAACCACCUUAAGCCUGAGUUUUAAUCAGAUCACUGAUGCCGGUGUUGUCAGUCUAUGUGAAGCAUUACAGACACCAACAUGUAAACUCACCACACUUGAUCUGAGGGAAAAUCAGAUCACCGAUGCCGGUGUUGUCAGUCUAUGUCAAACACUACAGACACCAACAUGUGAACUCACCACACUUGAUCUGCGUGGAAAUCAGAUCACCGAUGCCGGUGUUGUCAGUUUAUGUCAAGCGUUACAGACACCAACAUGUAAACUGACCACACUUCAUCUGAGUGGAAAUCAGAUCACCGAUGCCGGUGUUGUCAGUCUAUGUCAAGCAUUACAGACACGAACAUGUAAACUCACCACACUUCAUCUGAGUUGUUAUCAGAUCGCCAAUGUCGAUUCUGUCAUUCCAUGUCGAGCAUUACAGACACCAACAAGUCAGAUCACCGAUGCCGGUUUUGUCAGUCUUUGUCAAGCAUUACAAAUGCCAACAUGUAAACUCACCACACUUGUUCUGCGUGGAAAUCAGAUCACUGAUACCGGUGUUGUCAGUCUAUGUCAAGCAUUACAGACACCAACAUGUAAACUCACCACACUUCUUCUGAGUAGAAAUCAGAUCACCGAUGCUGUUACUUAA